AUGGCAGAGACACCAAAGCUCGAUGAUUAUACCAUUGUAUUGUUCUGCCCACUGGUUAUUGAGCACCGCGCAGCCCGCCUGAUCCUGGAUGAAGUUCAUAAUGGGGUUCCAGAGAGAUCUCCAGGGCAGACGGUGUUGUACACGCUGGGCAAAAUUGCCAGCCACAACGUCGCCAUUGCUGGAUAUCCUGCUGGCGAGGUUGGGAUUGGCAUUUCGGGAAGCAUGGUCUCCGAGGCAUUGCGAGAUUUCCCUAACCUCGAGGCCGGCAUACUUGUUGGUAUUGCUGCAGGUAUUCCCUCUCCAACAAGAGACAUUCGCCUUGGAGAUGUUGCCGUCGCUGUCCCUGACGGGGACCGACCCGGCGUCAUUGGUUAUGACUUGGUGAAAGUUGGAGACGAAGAGGUUCGGAUCAAACAGUGGCAAAACUCGACACAUUCUCUUUUUCGGUCUGUAAUCACCGGCAUCCAGGUCCGUGAGGGAUCCCCAGGGCUCAACUUUACCCGCCAUCUGAGUUCCGAGUCAGCAGAGUUCCAGAGGCCAGGUCCCCUUCCGACCAGUAGUGAGUUCCCAACUUCCACUAUUCGUCACCAGCCUCGGGCUCAUUACGGCACCAUACUUUCUGGGAACAGCGUGAUUAAGAAUAAGAGACGGAGGGAUGAGCUACGAGAUCAAUACAAUGGAAUCGCAAUCGAGAUGGAAGCAGCCGGUAUGAUGACGAGACUCCCAGUAGCGGUUAUUCGAGGAAUCAGCGACUUUGCAGAUGCAAACAAAAACGACGAGUGGCACGCCUAUGCUGCUGCCACAGCGGCAGCAUAUGCAAAGGAGGUCAUCAUCGGCCUUGGUCCACGCAAACUCAUCACUGACACGACAUCCGUCAUCUCAUCAAAUGUCAACUCCCUUUUGAGCCUCACCCUCCCAGAACAGUGCUCAUUUGUGGGCAGGGAAGCCGAGAUGGCAAAGCUGGAAGAGUGGGUGGGAUUCAGUCCUGUCCAGCAGUCGCAAAAGUCGAUUGUUGCGCUCUGGGGUUUCAGUGGUGUAGGUAAAUCACAGCUCGCAUCCGCAUUCGUGAAAAGGCAAAGGGAUAAGAGUCUUGACUAUGACAUUUUCUGGCUUAGAGGAGAUACCAAAGAGUCAUUUGGCCAGAGCAUAGUCAGCCUUCUCAAAGCAUCUACGAGCUCUGUUGAUGCCAGUUCUGAGCCAUUGGGAGAUCAUCAAGAGCAACGAACAGUGCUGAUUAACUCUUUCUUUACUGAGCUUAAAAAGCGUUCACGGAGCAGAUGGUUGCUCGUGGUCGACGACAUGUCAAGUGACACGGCCAUGCAACAAUAUGUACAUGGCUGCAUCAGUUCCCUACCACACGGCUCGGUUAUCCUCAUCACGAGAAGUGCAGAAGUUGCGGCCAGAUACCAUCGGCGGAUAGAAGUGAAAGGACUCCCUGAGACAGAUGCCAUCACCAUGUUCUCACGGGAGACUGAUGAGAAGUUCCUAGGAUGCGAUGAAGACGUUCUUGAGCUCUCAAUGUUACUCAACUGCCAUCCUCUUUCUCUGAAACUAGCGGCAUCAGCCAUCAUGUUCUACCCCUUCAGCAUAUCCGAGUACAUCUCAAGGUGGAAAAUGCGACGUCUCGAUGAAAGUCUCCCGAUGGACAAGACUGUGUUACGCUCAUUCGAGAUCAGCUUUGAGGAACUCGACAGAUUCAAUCCUCUGGCAACCAAACUGUUGACACUAUUUGCCUUUCUAGAUCACAGAGAUAUGUGGUAUGAUCUCUGCUUAGCUGCUACCGACGAGGACGCCGACGGCGACGACUAUCCAGACUGGCUCCUUCAAAUAAUGUCGGAAGGCAACUUUCACGACUACUACCUCCCGAUGCGUAAUUUAUCAUUCGUCGAGGCCAAACCCGGCAGCGACCACGAAUACACAUACGAACUCCAUCCAGCAAUCCACGACUACGCCAGAUGGAGGGUAAGAGACAGUGAAGAAGAGUACAUCAGAUGCGCCAUAUCCUUGGUUGCAGCAAACGUCCCACGCUCCACAGACGAAGAUUUUCUCGAGAUAGCAAAGCGCCUAGAACCGCACGCGGACCAAUGCAAAAUCUACAUGGAGCAAGAUCGAGCCGGGCCGAGCCUAGAUCUCGUGGAGCUCGAAAAGUUCGCAAACCUAUUUCGCCAACUCGGCCGCUACGAAGAAUCCUCUCACCUCUGCGACGGAAUCCUCGACAUCCUCAGAAACGAGGACCAACCCGACCAAUCCACAUUCCACAUGAUAGCCGGUAUAGAAAACAACCUUGGCCUAGUCUACCACUCACAACGGAAAUAUGACCUCGCCCUGCAGGCGUUCAACAGCUCAUACAACAGACAACUCCAACUCCACACACCGGACCAAGACGCCGCCAUGUCAACAAUAUACAAUAAGGGCAGAAGCCUCCUAAUGCUAGGCAACCUAGACGACGCUCUCCAACUCCUACACCACGCACGCCAACACUUUACCCCAGCCUCAUCGCCAUUUCUCACCACCACCACAGACGAAAACCACCGGCUGACCAACCGCAUCCUCAACGACAUUGGCGAAAUCCACCUCCGCAAAAACGACAUCGACCAAGCAGAGCAGUACUUCAAAGCCGCAUUCGACAGUCAAAAGCAAAUCAUGCCCCUCCACCCCUCCACCUUUGCCAUCCGCCUCAACAUGGGCCGCAUUUGCGUCGAGAGGCUCCGGUUCGAAACUGCAAACAGGAUAUUCACAUUCAUAAUCUCCACAUAUACAGAGUGGUGGGGAAGAGGACAUUUCGAAACCAUGCGCGCGAUAGCCGAGCUGGCGGAUUCAUAUCUACGGUAUGGCGAAACGCUACGUCUUAUGAAUGGGAGUGGUGAUGCGGAACUUUCUAUGGCGGGGGAGCUGUGGCGCGAAUUACUUGGUUUCUAUGAGGAGAUGUAUGGGAAGGGGUCCGAUGUGGCGGCUCUGGCGAGGGAGAAGUUGAUGCGUGUGCGGAUGGAUUGUGUGGAGGAUCUGUAUAGUGAGUAUUGCUGA